GCGACUGUCAUCAGUUCCGCUGUGGGAGAAGUGCACCUUCAGUCCGGCUCAGCUCAAAAUUUACCUGCCUCACUUUAUAACAACGUCUCUGACUAAUCUGACAUGACGCUAACCUGAACGUCUCCCAACGAGCACCGAGCAGAGUCCGCCUCCCUUCACACCUCAAACGCUGGAGGGAAUUUUCAGGAGAGCGCGGGCUGAAAGCCAUGAGUCACUUCAGCGCAGGACUUAUUUCGGCCUACAACAGCCUCACAGACAAACAUCUCGCUGGAUACUUUAGCAACACUCGCAUCAGGCGACACCUGCAGAGAGCAGGACUGAUCACCAGGAGUGGGCGCAUUGUUCCGGACAAGGAGUACAGACAUAAGCUGAUCCAGAGAGCCCACCAGAGACAUGUUCGAGAAUGUCUGGCUCAGGCUAUUUUCCACAAGGUGCUGGAGAUGGAGCGUCUCCACCAAAUAGAGAUCAAAAGGAAACUGGAGGAGUUUGCAAGGAGGGAAAGAGUGCGUAAGAUCAAGGUGGAGCGCUCUAAAAGGUAUGAGGAAGGCUUUGUCCACAUCCUGUCUCCACGCCCACCUACAGGUGCCAGGGGCAUCUGGAAACAGCACUCUGGGCCAGAGGGGGAACACUCUGAGUCCUCUGAGUCGCCGAGCUCAUCUCGACCCAACACGGCCCCUGGGAAGAUGCAGAGGCCGGUGCGCUUGAAGCCAAUCCACAGUAACAGCACCACGGCUUCGCUCAGACGCAGCUCCCCUUACAGACCCCUCGAAUCCUCUCACGAGAAUGACGUGCCGUUCAACUGCACUAUGGAAAAAGAGCCUCGGAGACGUUUGACCCCGGUGGAGCCCUCCCAUGGCAUCUCGCCCUAUUGCCUCCCAGUUAUCAACAACUUUGUCACUCCAGUGCCUCCAGCUACGAAAAGGAAAGAGAGAGGGUUAAAGGUCACUCCCAGCAGUACUGUCAGAGGCCGCAGACUGCACCCGACCACCGCCUCCAGUGGAGCUGAUGACACUCCAGUGCUGAGGAGCUCUGUUCACCAGAGCAGAGUGUGUGUGAACAUGGUGUACUUUGGCAAAACGGUGCGUCUCUCCAGUGACCUGACUGACAUGAGGGACGAGGUCAAGGUGUUUCAGCAGCACUGUGGAGGAGAGAACCUGUGUGUGUACAAGGGAAAACUUCAUGAGGGGGAAACCUUCCAGUUUAUCUCCAGGCGACACAGAGGGUUCCCGUUUAGCUUGACCUUCUUCCUGAAUGGGCUGCAGGUGGAGCGGCUGAGCUCGUGCUGUGAGUUCAAACACAGGAAAGGCUCCCGACUCGGCGGCAAGCACGGGCACUUUGGCUUCUCCAGCGUAGAGGGGGCCGCUCCCUGUUACAAAUGCAUCAUAGCAAUGGGACUGGACAAAAAGCCCACUCCUCCACCAAAGAGGGUCAAGGAGGAUACAAGGAGAGAGGAAUCAGUCAGCAGCCCAAAAAAUGCACCUGAAAUGGAGACGGAGAGGACCGGGGAGGAUGUUGGCUCCCACUCAGAGUGUGAAACCAGUCAGCCACAGGAGACUCCAGUCAAAGAAGAAACAGCACCUGAGGAGGACAAAGACAGAGAUGAUUAUGAAGAAGACUUUGAAGCAGAUGAAGAGAAACCUGCAGAGGAGGAAAAAGAAGAGAAAUCUCCAUCUCCAUCCAGCGAAAUGGAAAGCCAGGUUAAAGAGAAGGACGCCUCUGACACUGAAAAUGAUGAGAAGGAUGACGACACGAGAUCUCAUUCAGGCUCCAGCUCCUCGGGCAGCGAGCAGGACGAGAGUGAUGCUGAAGACACAAAAGACAGCAAAGAGGACCAGAAGGCAGAGCAACCAAGAGAGGACGGUCAAGAGGAAACUGUCGCUCAGCCAAUGGAAAAAGAUGAACCAAAUCCAGAAGAAGCUGCUGCCACAGAAGCUGAGUCUUCUGUGGCCAAAGACUCGCACAUGGACAGUGCAGGGGACAGCACAGAAAUAGAAAUCUCUGACACCAGCGUCCCCUCAGGAAGCGACACGAGACAGAGUGAUGACAAAGAUGCUGAGAAAAUGAUAGAGGAGAGCAAACAUGAAGAGGAACAGGAGAGAGCCAAAUCUGUGCAGGAGAAACUGGCUGAAGCCAUACUGAAGGAAGCCCAGUGCAGCUCUGAGCCUGAACUGAGUGACACCAGUACAGAGGAAGAGGAGGAGACCACACAUAAAGGCCCUCAACAAGACAACAAAGCUGUAGCUCCAGACGAGCUUGUUACAAUUACAGAACAACAGGAAACCAUUGCAGAAGAGACAAAAUGUGAAGAAAGUGAUACGGGUGAAGUGGUGGUGGCACAGGAACAGGAAGAUUCACCUGAAACAAAAGAACAAAGCGAUAAUGAGCAGGAGCCUCAUGAGAACCGGGAUGGUACCGAAGAUGAGAAGGCUGAGGAAGACGAAGCCACAGCAGACAAAGAUAAAUCAGAGGAAACAGGUGAAGCUUUGCAUCUUUUAAAAGAAGAAAAUGUGGCACAAGAUGACAAGAGAACUGAACCUGUUGAAGAAAUCCCAGCUGAAACUAUUGAUGCUGAGACUGUAGAGAAAGAUGAAGAAAAGGAGGAGAAAACUGCUGUGGAGACUGACGUUCAGUGUGAUGAGGCAGGGCAAGGGGCAAAGAGCAGAGAGGAGGAUGAGUCAUCAGUAUCAGAGCCGGACGAAAGGACCGAUGAGACAGCAGUGCCUGAUAAUGCAGGGGAGGAGACAAUGACAGCAAGAGAAACAAUAGAGAUAAAAGCAGAACCCUCAGAGGAGCGAGAGGCCCUCAGCUAUGAAGAGGCACCUGUAACUGAUGCAGAAAAAAGGGAGCCGGCAGACAGCGAGGACGGAGCUGCAGCAUCAGAAACCGAAGUCACUGCCGAAAACUCAAGCAGCUCGCCAAAUGGGAGUGGAGAAACCACAGUUGAAAAGGUUGCAGAUACAAGUGAGGAAAAUACAAAGGAUGAAAGCAGUAAAGAUGACAUUAAAGAAGAACAAGUAUCAGGAAAAGAGACUAGUAAGGAUGAUAGUCAGGAAGAACAGUGUGAGCAGGGUGAGGAGGGGAUGGAAACAGAGGAAAAGGAAGACAAACAGAAAUCUGAAGAGGAUGGAGAAGAAGAGAAGGAGAAACAAACUCGUGCAUCCUCUGAUGAAAUAGAAGAAGAUGAAAGUACUGAGAAAAGAGAAAAUGAUGAAAAAGAUGAAGAGCCAGUAACACCAGACAUACAGGAAAACACUGCAGAAAGCGCUGAUAAUGCCACCAAAACAAAGGAAAAUGAAGAAGAAACUGUGAAGAUCCUGGGUGAGGAUGACAAAGUCUCAGAUGAAGAGAAAGUUGAAGAGUCAGAAAAGACAGAAAAUGAUGAGACUAGUGAAUGUGUUGAGAAUGAACAGGAAGAUCUUGAAGCAAGGGAAGCUGAUAAAAAUGAGGGUGGGGCUGAAACUGAGACUAAAACAGCUGUUCAAGAACACAAUCAUGAAGCUGAAAAAUCAGAGAGUGAGAAUGAAAACAAAGCUGAGAAAAGUGAGGAUAAAGAGAUCAAAAAUGAUGAAGAGGAUGACAAGGAAAAAGACACAAAUGAAAACCCUCCAGGAGAAGGAAUAUCUGCGACCGCAGAAGAAAGUGAGAAAAGUGCAGAUGUUGGUGUAAAUGAAACAGCAGAUGGGACUAAAUUCACUGAAGACACGCCAGAAUUUGAGAGCGUUGAGCAAGAAGCCGGAAGAGCCAGUAACACCAGUGAAAAGGGAGAAACUGAUGCUGAAAAUGGGGAGGUUUCUACAGGAGCUGAGAGCAAAACUCAUGACGAUGAGGGAGAGGCUCAGCCAAAAGAUGAAAAUGACUUGAAAACAACAGAACACGGUGAAGAAGGAAGCAAAUCAGACAGGCCUGCUGAAGAUGAGAGCGCAGACAUAAAAGAAUUAACAAUGGAGUCUGAAGAAAGUGCUAAAAAGCAUGAGGAUGACGAGGCUGAUCAGGCUCCCGGCGCUGAUGAGGUGGAACGUGAUGCUAAGGAGGGGGGUGACAGCGUGGAAAAAAAUGAUGAAUCAUCUCCAAGCAACUCACAGCCAGAGACAGCUGGUGCAGAAAUAAAAGAGGAGCCUAAAUUAGAUGAAAGUGAGGAAACAGAAGAAGAUCAAAAUGGCAACAAAUCUGACUGUGGUAAUGAAAACAAAGAGCCAUAUUUCAUCAAAAAGGAGAGUAGCAUUGAGGGUAACAUGGAUGAGGUCACAGUUGUUGCCUCAGGGGAUCAGGAACAAUCUUCAGCACCAGUUGCUGUCGAAUUAAGUGAUACGGCAUCCAAAUUAGAUGAAGAGAAUAAGGAUGCAAUGUCUGACAUACACCCGCACACUGAAAAUGCAGUUGGUGUUGACCUCCCUGCUACCGAUGGAGAAAACGGAGUAGACGCAGAAGACGCGAGCAAGACCUCGGAGGAAGGAGCAAGUGUGCUUCUCAAACCUCAAGCUCAAAACGAUGAGGCUGAUAACACAGAACAGAGUGCUGCAGCAGGUCAAGGAAAUCCAGAGACCUUAGGAACAGAAGACAACACAGAUUUAGUCACUAACUGGGUAAACAAGCACCAGUCGUCAAAGUUUUUUGAGACGUUUGUUGAACCUCUGGAAGAUCUGAGGGAGGAAGUAGCAGAGACUCCAGCAUCCAACUCAAAUAAAGAGGAGACAAAGUCUACAGAGCUGCCAAGAUCAGAGAGUCCACUUAAGAUGGUGAGGAUGUCUGACGAUGAAGAGAAAGCGCACACAGACAUUGAAAAUGUACCACAAGUGGAGGAGAAGACUGACAUGAAAGGCUUAAUACCAAAAGCAGGAACUGAACAAAGUGAGGAGUCUGCAGCCUCGCAGGAGAUGAGGUCGGAAGAGCGCAAAGGAAGCAAAGGAGACGUGGGAUCUCCUCAAGAGUGUAAUGAUCAAAAAAGUGCAAAACAAGGAAUUAAUGAGGAAACUGAAGUGGAAAGCAUUUCAGGUAGUCAUCAUUUGGCCGCUGGGAAGCCUGAGAGUGUUUCUAAAAACCAAACUGAUGAGAAAACUACUGAUACUGACUUGAAUGUAAAACAACCACAAACUGAAGAGGGUCAUCAGUCCACGAGCCCACUUGGAACUGAAGAUAUCAACGAAACAUGGGGAAAAGCAGAUAAGCAAGACCGAGAAGUUACAGAAACCACUGAUCUUACAACAUCUAAGUCUGACGAUGGAAGUCAAGAGGAGCUUCGUAACGAGGGAGUCGACAGUGACAGAAAAGAGCUGCAGCUGAUAGAAGACAUCAAACACACACUCAGUAAAGACCAGCUGAGCACCUUUUCAGUGGAUGAAACAUUGUUAGCUCACAGUUCAUAUCCUUUACUGACUGCUGCGAGGGCUGAGAGCGGACAUUAG